AACAACAGCAUAUGAUGGUGAGUCAAAGGUAGUGGCUUUUUUUUGUGGACAGUCACAGUGGCAUGGCAGCUCUCUGUCCCUCAAUCCUCAUGUGAGAGAGAGUGCCAGUUUCACCCUCCCUACCCACCCCCCCCACCAUAAAGUGACCUGCUGAGUGCUGAAUCAGAAGCUGAAUGUUAGCUGGUGUGUAAUAUGGGGUUUUGGUAUCUUUGCUUUUAAGAAUACCCAACAGUGAAACAAUUGAGCUUUUUCUUGGAUGAUGAGGCUUUGAGCUCAAGAGAUUAGAUUAGAGGCAAUGAUUGGUUUUGUUCAGAUGUUGUUGGGGUUUGCUUUGGCUUCACUUCUGUGAGAUCAAGUUGGGUAUGGGCUGUUUUGCAAUUAUCAGUCUGUGCUGUUUUCUUGUCUUUUCUUGCAUUGCAAUUGUACUAAGGUUAUAGAUCUAGUGAUGUGAUCCGAGAUGGAGUUGGAGUUCGACAAGUAUUGCGUGGUGGAUGGAAGUCCAACGACUGUUCUUCCAGCUCCCCGGCAUUGCCCAAAAGUUGACAAGAGAACACUGAGGGGAAAGCCCAAACAUGGAAGGGAGGUAUUGUGCAUAAACGAAGACUUCACUGAGAUCAAUUUUCAUCGUUACCGUUCUAUAUCGUGUAAAGAUGUUCCAUCUAGGAUAACUUAUUCAGAAGGCAAUAAUAAAGUGCUAAAGAGAGGUUCUGUUUAUCAGAGUUCCAAAGAACGCUUCCAGCGAACUGGUAAUGGGGAGGAGAGGGCUAAAAUAGAAUUCUCACGAGGCAGUGUCACAGGUUUCUCGUUUGGAAUUGUUGAUGUGUUGUGUAGUUCCGAUGAGGAUAGCUCCCGAGUAGAAGAAAAUAGAUCCUCAUCGAUGUCGAUGAACUCUGAUUUAAGUACCGGAUCGAGUAAAAAGCCAAAUGCUGAUUUUUUUAGCCUCCCCUUCCACCCCAUUCCCGAGAUUGGUGCCACACCGGAUGGGUUUGCAGAAAUUUCUUCAAACUCUGAUCACAGAGAAAACCGAAAUAAUCAUAAUGCAGUGAGCCAAUCUGCUCGGGAUUCCAAGGUUUCGGCCGGGUUACCCAAGUCAUUGUCAGCUAAACUGGCACUGCCUCAUUCACCCGCUCGAUCAGAAAACGAUUUCUCCAGAGCUAGUAGUCCAAAGGCCCGGUUCAGUCCCGUGAAAAGGAUGUUUGAUCCGUUUGGUAAAUCCAAGUCUCAUAGAAGUCCCUUGGGUAAUCCCGUUGAUUUCUCAAAUAUGGCACAACAUUUGAGUUACGGUUCCCAGCCUGUCAAGAAUGAGACUUGCAAUUCACUUCUGCAGGGUUCACCAGCUCAUUUACAAGGCUUUCUCAAGCUGGAGAGGAAAAACGGGGCACCUUUCUUUGAGUUUUCGCUACCAUUCCCAGAAGAUGUUAUUGUGGCCGAGACAUGGAAAGUUGACAAUACUUUGAAUUGGGUAUAUGCAUUCCGUUCUCUUCAUAACCGAAAGAAGAGCAGUGUGAAUCGAUAUGGAUCGAAAGAUAGCACUAAAGAGUCCUCUUUGGUUGGACAAAUGCAAAUCUCUUGUUAUUUUUGUACAGAACUAAAAGAUGCUCGUGUUUGUGAUAACUCUAUAGUCAUGGAAUUCGUCUUGUAUGAUACUUCCCAUCCGAGAAAAAAUGGUUCCUCACACGAAAGUUCAUGUUCUUCCCCUGAUGUAUCCAAGGGUUUACCCGGGGUAAAUAUUGAGUCCAAUGAGGUUCCUAAAACAAAGACGAAAAAGAAGUCCAAGAAUGCUCAUGGUACAGGUUAUUUUGAUUCAUCCGCUCCUCAUCCUUUGGCACCAGAAGAAUUGCACCCGGGGCUUGAAAUGGCUGCCAUGGUGAUAGAAUUACCAUUUGAAAAACGAGAGAGUUUGAAAUACACAAGCAGGGAUAAUAAAUACAAUCAGCCUCUUCCGGAUUUGCUGGAUUUCUCUUUCGACGAGAAGAAAAUAAAAGGUGCUUGCAAUAAUUUGAGCCCUGUGAAGAUAAAUGCCGUGAUACCUUCUGGAAAUCACAGCUUGCCAACGACCGAAAGCCAAGGCCCUUAUCCAUUGCUAGAUAGAUGGCGGUUAGGUGGAGGUUGUGAUUGUGGUGGCUGGGACAUGGCGUGCCCGCUAAAUGUAUUUGGCAAUAAAAAUACCCAGAUUGAUGAUGACUAUCCACUCAUGAGCAACCGGAGGCCCAUCAAACUCUUUGUUCAGGGAAAGAAAGACGAGACACCAGCGUUGACAAUGACAUUGACAGAGGACGGACAGUAUGCGGUUAACUUCCACGCUCAGUUAUCCGCAUUACAAGCGUUCUCCAUUUGUGUCUCCGUUUUGCACACCAUGGAAGCCUCAGCUGCUGUGGGACACGACGAAAAAGGAAAAUCCUCGGAGCAAAGUUCACCUAGAAUGUUUGCUGAGGAUGACUUUCGAAGCUUGAUCGAAGCAGUUAGACAGCAAGAGAAGCAGAAAGUUGGCAAAAAGGUCCCUUAUUUCGUUCUCAACCCGCCCUUCUCUCCAAUUGCUCGUGUAUAGCGGUUAACAGAUGCUCUCUUGGGGACAGUUCUGCAACACACUUUUCUCUGCAUUUCCAGACUCAUAGGCUGUAGAGUUUCCCAGUUUAGUGAAAUCUUGAAAAAAUGUCAUACUGUUCAUACAACUAGUUAAUAGAGUAGGGGAUAGUAAUUCAUUUAUAAUUGAAAAGAGUAGAUGUAGUUUAGAGAUAAAGGUUGCUUCCUUCAAUGUAACCAAGGUGCUAAAGAAAACUAUUUUUGCAGUCUUGGGAACUCUUGUUCAUGUGUUAUAUACAGAAUAUUUGUAAGAACA